AUGUCUGACGAGGAGGAAGUACUUUCCGGUGAGGAGGAGGAAGAAGUGGAAGAAUCCAUGGCCGAGGAGCCAGAGGAGGCCGAGGAGGCUCCAGCUGAGGAAGGUGAAGAGGAAGAGGCCGGUGAAGAGCCAGAAGAGGAGGAGGCUCCUCCAGCGGAAGAGAAGCCAAAGUCGCGUCCACCGGUCCAAGAGGAGAAGCCUCCAGCGGAGAUGACCGAGGCCGAGGCGGCCAUGCUUGCCGCCAAGAAGCGUCACGAGGAGGAAGAAGCCGCCAAGCUUCUCGACUACGAGCAACGCCGCGUUCUUGAAAAGGAAAAAAUCGAGCAAGAGCUUCGUGAGCUUAAGGAAAAACAAGAGAAGCGUCGUGCUGAACGCGAAGAAGACGAGCGUCAAUUCGCUGAGCGUAGACGUCAGGAUGAGGAAAGAAGAAGAAAGGAAGAGGAAGAACGCAAGGCAAAGGCUGAUGCUGAGAAAAUCCGCAAGAAUGAGGAGAAAAUGCGCCGUCAACAAAUGAUGGCUGGAUCGUUCGCUGCCGCCGCCGCCGGAGCUCCAGCAGGAAAGAACUUCGUCAUCUCAAGCAAGGGUGACCAAGCUGCGCAAUUCGGAAACUUGGCUCAGGGAGCCAAGGCCGAAGGAGUCUCGAAGGAGCAACAGGAGGAAGCCAAGAAGGCGUUCUUGGCCUCGGUCUGCAGAGCACAGGAUGUUUCCGGCCUCAUGCCAAAUGACUUGAAGGAGAAGAUCAAGCAAUUGCAUGCCCGCAUUGUCAAGCUUGAGGGAGAGAAAUACGACUUGGAGAAAAGACGUGAGCGUCAAGAUUAUGACCUCAAAGAGCUCAAUGAAAGACAACGCCAGGUUGCUCGUAACAAGGCUCUUAAGAAAGGUCUUGACCCAGAGGAGGCUGCCUCAUCGGUCCAUCCACCCAAGAUCACCGUCGCUUCUAAAUUCGAUCGUCAGAUCGACAGAAGAUCAUAUGUUGAUCGCCGCAUCUUAUUUGAGAAGCCAUACGUUAAGCCACCACCAACUAUUGCUCACGGAACCGCCCGACCACCACCGGAGUGGGGACGCAAAGAUAAUGAAGAACUCGAGCAGAUUAGAAAGAAUUUGGAGCCACCAAAGUACACGGAGCAGGUGAAAGCUGAGGGAGCCAAACCACCAAUUGAUCCAAUUCCACUUCAAUUGCCGGAGAAGGAUUUCGAGGAAAUCCCAGAGGGCACCGCACCAGCACCAGCUGCUGAAGGAGAGGGAGCUGAGGUUGUCAUCCCAGACAGCGAAGCUGCCGCUGAGCCAGUUGCCUAA